UAGCCGAAUGGGAUCUAGUUGCUACUACACAUCUUUUCUCGUGUUUCUUCUGACCUCCAGCUACAGCGGUGCUGUGAUUAUUUGUGGUGCUGGUUAGCGUCGUUUUCCUGUAUUCUAGCAAUGUUCCGACUCGAGGGAUUGGGCCCUAAGGCUGACCCGGAGGAGCUGCGCAAGAAGAUGCGACGAGACGUGCUGCUGUCCGUCAGGAACUUCCUGGUAUAUGUAGCCAUACUGAGAAUCACACCAUAUGUCUUGAAGAAAUUGGACAGUAUAUGAGAAAGCAGUUUCUUCAGGAAAUAGAACACCAAUGGGCGUUAUUAAGAGGACCGGACAUUUUUUUUUUUUUUUUUUAUUAUUAUUUUUUUUUUUUUAAUAACAAUCAAGGAACAAAGAAAAAAAAUGCUUGCUGGAUGGAAAUCACUUCUUCUAAAAAGAAAUGUUACUUUCUUAUGACGCAAAUAUUAUUCGGCACGGUAUAACUACGAUGGAAAAAAUUGCACAACACCCCUUCUAAAUAGCAAAGUCAUGCAGCUGUGGCACCAUUCAAAGUUUAGUGAUCAUGCUUUUCUUCAGAGAACUACUAUUGUUUACUAUACUCUUGGAGUAUUGCAAUGCCUUUUGAAGCUACCUCUGAACUAUAGGGCUGUAGCAUGCCUUUAAACUGAUUGCAAGACUGCUUGAUUCAUCUGUGCAGUCUUAAAGCAAACUGAUAGGAGAUGAGGUUUUAUUUUAUUUUUUUUAUUUUAAUAAAUAACUAGUGUUGAGUGCAUCAUUCUUUCAUUUUUGGAAAUUACAUUAGUAAAAGUAUGUUCUAAACUGUUCAAAAAGAUUAAAUAACAAUUAUUAAAAAAAAAAUGAAAUUUCCUUGA